CUUGUUCUGCUGCUGGCCUUCAAACUUCUAGCUGUGCAGUAGAUUACUAGUCUGUCGCCUUUACUGCCUCGAGAUAACUGUGGAUCUCGCGUGGAUUCCGGUCUCUCUCAAUUUUUGCUGGAGCUCUCAUGGCGACUCUAGCUACGCGGUUACCAGGAAACAGUGCUUCGCUGAACAAUGCCAUCGUGGUCGGCCAGGGGAGAGAAGCCACGUGUGCAACAACGGCCCCUGUCGCACCAAUGGCUUCGCUAAGAGCUUGUUCGCUAAGAGUCUCCUCGCUGAAAGCUGCGAAUCCUUUCUCCCAGAUUCGAUUAAUUCGGCAAAGCCAUUGCCACUGUCCACGUCAUCAAGCCACGUGGCGGUCCGUGCGUGCUCAGAGCCAGCAGCCAGAAUCAAGCUCCACCAGAAGUACUGGCCCGGACGUCCACGUCAGCAAUGCUGAACUGGACUUGCCAGAGUCGGUGGCUGCCAAGGUGGCAACUGUCGGCGAACUUGACCUAUCACCGCUCUCGCCUCCUGCUGACGUGGAAAUCAUUGAUACGGCGACAGCCAUGAAGACUGUGGGAUUCUGGGUGGCAGCAGCGACGGCCUUCGGUCUAGGCGUGGGCUUUGUGGAAGGGCCGACCAAAGCGUCUGAGUUCUUUGCGGGGUAUUUAUUGGAGCAGAGCCUGUCGGUAGACAAUCUCUUUGUGUUCGUCCUCGUCUUUUCAUACUUCAAAGUGCCCACAGCAUACCAGCCUCGGGUGCUGACGUACGGUAUUGCCGGAGCUGUGAUCUUCCGAGCCAUCAUGAUAGGCUUGGGCAUCGCUGCAAUUCAGGCGUUCGAAGCAGUCAACCUCCUCUUUGCCGCUGUGCUGCUCUUCUCCUCCUACAAGCUGCUUGCAGAAGCAGAGGACGAAGAUGACGAUCUUUCCAACAACUCAGUUGUCAAAUUUUGUCAACAACUCAUCCCUAUUACAGAUUACUAUGACAGCAAUAAAUUCUACACCACAACCGCAGCAGGCAUACAGAUGGCCACUCCUCUCCUCCUCACUCUGGCAGUGGUCGAGCUCUCUGACAUUGUAUUCGCUUUUGACUCCAUCCCAGCUGUCUUUGGCGUCACUCGGGACCCCUUCAUUGUCUUCACAUCAAAUAUCUUCGCCAUUCUCGGCCUCCGCUCCCUCUUCACUGUCAUCUCUACCAGCAUGGCCGAUCUGCACUUCCUGCAGCCUGCGAUAGCAAUAGUUCUCGGCUUCAUUGGCUCCAAGAUCCUUGCAGAGUUCUGUGGGGUGCACGUACCCACCGAGGUCUCCCUAGGGGUGGUAGCUGCCCUUUUGGCAGGCGGGGUGUUCUUGAGCCUUCGGUUUCCGCGCACCGAGGGAGACGAUAAAGAAGGGUUGUAGCAUGCGCAAAAAUGUGUCUGCUGCUGAGCUGACUGCACUCAAACUUCCCAUGUGCUUCAUUCAGAAUUGGAGUUACCCCUGAUGAUGGUCUCUGUGCGGAGGGAGACGAUAAAGAAGGGUUGUAACUUGUAAGUAGUAGUAUCUGCCACGAGGUGGCUGUCGUUGAGAUGUCUUUAACGAGUCACAAGAAUAUUUUCUGAGAGGGAGCUAUGAAGGGUUGUAGCUAGCACCUGCAGAAAGGAGACAUCUGCUACUGCUGAUCGCACUCAAAACCGAGCGAGAUAUCGUGUCGUGUCAUCUACGGUGGCAUGGUUGGAAGCAUGGGUUUCAGUUAAAACUAAUCGAGUGCCAUGUGAUGCAAGAGAACAUGUGUGCAGCAAGCACACUACACGGUAAAUCUCCUUCUGGAGUGUCUCGUUCCGCACCUAAGAGAGGGUUUUGUAAAACAUAGAGGGUAGGUGCUUGACCUGAACAGCACUUCAUUAUUGUACAGUGCCAGAACAUUCUCUUUAGCAGUAGCCUUCACCCCUAAUAAAAUUAGAAAAGAAAU